GCAAGUCUGGAUCUCUUCAAUUCAGUCUCUUAGUUUUCGUGUUCUUGUUGUUUACUUCUAAGUCUCUUGAUUUAUCGAUUUUAUUUUUCAUUCAGCUGAAAAGAAAAUUUGAAAAAAAAGAUUAUUAUUAUUUUUUAUUUUUUGCAUCUGGAUUCUUCAAAAUCGAAUAACGAGAUACUCAGCACAAUGGCUAAAAGUAGCUUCAAGAUCGAGCAUGACUUUGAGAAAAGGCGCGCUGAGGCUGCAAGAAUUAGGGUAAAAUACCCAGAUAGAAUUCCAGUGAUUGUGGAGAAGACGAAAGGAAACGACAUCCCUAACAUUGACAAGAAGAAAUACUUAGUACCAGCUGACUUGACAGUGGGUCAGUUUGUCUAUGUGAUCCGAAAAAGAAUCAAAUUGAGUGCUGAAAAGGCUAUCUUCUUAUUUGUGGACAAUGUCCUCCCUCCAACUGGAGCAAUUAUGUCAACCAUCUAUGAUGAAAAGAAGGAUGAAGAUGGAUUUCUGUAUGUUACAUACAGUGGGGAAAAUACAUUUGGUUAGUACAUCAUGCAUUGACCUUAAUUAAUUUCCAUGUUAAUGUUGUCCCGCGCUUUAAAUAAUUGAUAAUUGUGGCAUUAUUGCAUAGUAUAUAUGAUCUUUCUGUAUUUACAUGUAUAGUUUCUCUGUAUAUAGCUUGUCAGCAGACUAAAAUGUGAGACCAAUGAGCAAUUUAAAAUUCUUGUGUGUUA